AUGGAGAUAUUGGAGAAGAAGAGAAAAAGAAUUUAUGCAGAAGGGCCAGAUUUCGGCAACGCCAAAAGAUGGGUCCGGCAACGCUUCCUCGGCGCAGGACAAUUCGGGACAGUUUUCUUGGCUUGUCCGGCGAAACCAGGUUCCAAAAUGCCGCCGGUUAUGGCCGUGAAGUCGGCGAGGCUCUCGGAAUCUGCCGACUUGGUUAAAGAAAGUCGACUUCUCAAGAAGUUCAAGAACUGCCCGUUUAUCAUCGACACUUACGGCAGCGACGUGACUAAAGAUCUUGAAGGUGAAGAGGAGUUGUUCAACGUUCUACUAGAGUUUGCACAAAGAGGAACCCUAGAGGAUUGGAUUCAGAAACUCAAGAACUUGGGGCUGCAUGAGGCACACGUAAGGAGGUAUACGCAGUCACUCUUGAAGGGCCUCAAGUACAUGCAUGGCAAGGGUUUUGUUCACUGUGACAUUAAGCCUGCCAAUGUGUUGCUAGUGCGUGAAGGUCCUGACGAUACCGGGUUUGGUUCUUACGUGGCGAAGAUCGGGGAUCUAGGGCUGGCAAAGAAGGCUGACAAGUACAAUCUGAUGAAGCGUUCUGAUUAUAUAAAUGGCACUGAAUUGUAUAUGUCUCCAGAAGUGUCACUUGACAACGUUCAGGAGCCUCCGGCAGAUAUUUGGGCAUUAGGCUGCACUGUUCUGCAGACCUUGACAGGGAUGGAGUACUGGGAUGUGAGCACUAACUGUAAAGAGGGCUGCGGGGUUCGGAUUGAUGCUCCGGUCAUCCCGGAAAGGCUAAGCAACGAGGCAAAGGAUUUCUUGGGGAAGUGCUUCAUAUUGAACCCUUUGGAGAGGUACACGGCUGAGAUGCUUUUGAAGCACCCUUUUGUGUGCAACAGUUUGCCAAUUUGGACAGUCUCUCGUGAUCAAUUGGUUCCAAGAAGACGAGUGUGCCAAGAACCAGCUGCAAUUCCUCUGGUGGGUGCAGUAGUGUAA